UCCUUUUGGUGGGAUUCCCCGACAACAACGUGCUCCACAUAGUCCAAAAUAUUUUGACUUUUUCGCCUGUUUACUUCGCCUCAUCCAGUGACUCAUCUGCCUCGGACAGCAGUAGUGGGACACAUAAAGCGCUCUGCACCUUUGCUCUUCCCUUUUUUGAAAUGACGAUGGAAGAGCAAAGUCUGGACGAUCUGACAUUGAGCCAAACCAUGCAGCUGAGCCAGGACUCCUUCAGUGAGCUGUGGAACACUGUUUCAGCUCCCCCCCUCUCAUAUCUGGCCCCAACGCCUGAGGAAACAUGGAGAACAGAUGGCCACAACAUGGAUAUGCUGUUACUUAAUGAUCAUUCUCUGACUGAGGUUUUUGAUGAGGAGCUAUUCGAGCUGCCUCCUCCAGACAUGUCCACCAUGGAUGGGGUGAAUCCGACUUCCUCCACAGUCCCGGUGACUUCGGACCAUCCGGGGGAAUAUGGAUUCCAGCUUCAAUUCCAGAAGACUGGCACAGCUAAAUCUGUCACUUCGACUUAUUCGGAGCAGCUCAACAAACUGUACUGCCAGCUAGCCAAGACCACCCCAGUGGAAGUUUUGUUGGGGAAGGAGAUUCCUUUAGGGGCCAUCAUCAGGGCUACGGCAGUUUAUAAAAAAACGGAGCAUGUGGCAGAAGUGGUACGCAGAUGUCCCCAUCACCAGAACGAGGACGCUGCCGACCACCGCAGCCACCUGAUCAGGGUUGAGGGCAGCCAAAGGGCCCAGUACUUUGAGGACCCUAACACCAAGAGGCAGAGUGUGACUGUCCCCUACGAGCUCCCUCAGUUGGGCUCAGAGAUAACAACUAUUUUGCUGAGCUUCAUGUGCAACAGCUCUUGCAUGGGGGGCAUGAACAGGCGCCCCAUCCUCACCAUCCUGACCCUGGAGACUGCAGAGGGGCUCGUUUUGGGGCGGAGGUGCUUAGAGGUUCGCAUCUGUGCUUGUCCAGGCAGGGACCGCAAAACCGAUGAGGAGAGCAGCACCAAGAUGCAGAGUGGGACCAAGCAAACUAAAAAGCGCAAGAGCACCCCCGGCUCCAGUUCUAUGAAGAAGUCCAGGCCCACCUCCAGUGCAGAUGAGGACGACAAGGAUGCGUUUGUUCUGAAUGUUCGUGGUCGCGAGCGCUACGAGAUGCUGAAGAAAAUCAACGAUGGUCUGGAGUUGCUGGACAAAGACAGGAAACCUGAGACCAGGGUGAAACACGAGUUUGCUCCGCCUCCCAGCGGAAAGAGACCCCUUCACAGAGGAGACAAGAGUGACAGCGACUAAGGAGUGAUCAUGAGAACUAACGUCCUCUCUUUCUCCCUCCCUCCCAUCAGGUUUAUGUCAGGCUUUUAUUCGCCAAAAUCAUACCACUUCCUGCCUCCGUGCCCUUGAUCCGAUAACUGUACUGCCGUCGACCGUUUACUGUACUCGGAGUACUUUGCGGUGUUAGUGUUUUUCACGUUUAGAAAUGAAUAAAGGCUGAAUAGGUUAUGUAGGGGAUGCAUACUGUAAGCAGGACUGCUCCAUCCUCAAUGUCCUCGGUGCAUCAUGAGGUCCUGUAAAAUUGCCAAUUUGUUUAGGAGGGACUUUAUUUAAUCAGUGUUAACCUUGGCAGGGAUUUUCACGAGUUUCUAUCUUUACAUGUGUAAGUCAUGUUGUCAUUUAUAAUGCAUUAUUUUUUACAAGUGUUUUUUAUUUUUUGGCAUUUUGUCUUUUAUUUGCAAGAGGACAGUGAAGAAAGGAGGGGGAGAAAGAACAAAAGGGGAAUAACAUUUGACAAAAUGUCCCAAACGAGAAACAAACCAGUAUUUGGCAUGUGCCGUGACCACUCGGCUAACAAAGCGCUCCCUAUACGUUGUUUUUAGUCGAGGAAAUCUAAAGAAAACGUUUCAGUUUUAAUAGUUUUUUAUUGUUGUUGCAAGAUUGAAUUAAAACAAGUCACUGCCAUUUGUUAAAAAUCACGCUUGGAGAACUUGAAUGGAUGUUACUGUCCAUGAGUGUGGCUGUAAUACUUUCAGGGUUUAGACACGGACUUGGGACCAAGUCUCUUUUUGUUGUGGGCACAGCAGGGGGAAAUACUGAUUGUAGCAUUAAUGGUGCAACAGCUUUUUGCCUUUUAUGUCUACCCUAAUAAUCUUGUUUAAGCAAGCUAAUUAAGCUAUGUCUUGUGGAAGCAUCAAUAUUAUAGCCUACACAAAACCUAGUGGAAUGAUUUGUCUAUAAAUGAAUAAAAAAAACUGAUUUCCAUGCCUUAUGGCGCUUGGCAAUGAUGUGACUAUACCCGCCGGGGCCCACUAGGACUCCGGCAGAUACCCUGACGGCAUCAUAUUAUAUGAUCAUUUAGGCCUGUCACGAUAAAUAAUUUUGUUGGACGAUAAAUGUUCCUGGAAAUUAUUGCAAUAAACUAUAAUAUUGU